AUGGGCCCGGAGCAGGAACGCGGGCGAGUCAUGGUGGACGCCAUACGUCCCGAUGAUUAUGGAGACGGCACAGCGGCGGCUCCCAGAGCGGCGGGUAGCGACCUGCCAUGCGACGGACUGGAGCGGCUUGCCGCGACGGUGCCGGCGCCAGGUCUGAGCCUGCGGCCACAGACGGCUGGGACAGAAAAGAUUAAGGACUGCCUGUCAUGGCUGCGCCACUUUGUCGCCCUGCUUAUCAGUGAUGGUGUGCUUGGAACUGAGGCGCUUGUAAAUUUAGACGAGGCGCCUCUGUACUGA